AUGCGCACGAUAGGGCGCUGCGCAAAGUCCAGUGCAGUGUUUCUGAAGGACAAAUGCGGCCGGAGCAGAGAUUUGGACGGGAACUGCGGUGCACGAUGCGCCGACGCGCGACUGACCUCCUCAUCGUCCGCCCGUGUGUGUGAUGGGCUGGACACGCGCGGCCGUGCGUCUGGGGAGGCACGUGUCGCAGAUCCACCUGAGCUAAGCCAGCGAGCCAUGUCGAUUUUAAACCGCUCCUUGCUCGUCCUGGUCCUGGUGUCACCGGCGCUGACCUCCCCUUUCUUCCCACCAACGUGUUACACUAAAAUUCUGAACAUGGCCCGGGAGCUCACCCAGAUGGCCGCGGACGUGAAGAGGGACCCUGAAACUAGCCACUGCAUGGCCCACAUGCCGGAUCUGUACAUUGACGUCCAUAAUGCUUGCGUGAUGCACAAAAUGAGCGCCUACAUCACCUUAGUGGAGGGCCUGAGGCAGCGUCGCUGCGCCUACACCCGGGAGGUGAGGAAGCUGGGGGUCACCAUGAGGCAACUCUUCAUCAUCAUGUCGCAGAAAUGUCACGGGGACUUGGUGUUCACGAUCUAUGACUGCGCCGCCCUCGAGCGUUAGGCCACUGGAUGCUGAAAAGACGCAUGUGCUUCGUUUAAAGAGUGUGCAGAGACGGAGACAACUUUGUUCCUUUGGACAGCAGCAUCACAAAAAGUGGAAAGCAAAAUCGAAGCGAGCAACACUGAUUAAGCUCUCUGCUUGUGCAACUCUCAUUUUUUCUGUGGAAGUGUUUCUAAUCAAAAACUGCUACACUUAAUGAAAUCUCCUUUUUAAUUUAGGUGCAACGUUGAAAUGAUUUGCCAUUAGCCAAGAUUAAAUCAAGCACUGCAAUGUUUCGUUGAUGGAGAAUAAUCUAAGUUUUCUCACUUGCUUUGGCUUUGGCACGAGUGGAAAUAUGUGGUUAUUCCACCCAUUAUCCAGAAAAUGAAAACGUUUACAGUGGCAUUCUGAUUCUUCUCAUUAUUUGUUUCAAGUGGAUUUCAGGUGAUGUUGUUCUACUGUUAAAUGUUUGGAGGGUUCAAAAUGGAUCACAUGACGUUCAAUUUUAGGCAAUCCACAAGUAAACUUUGCCAUAGAACUAUAAUCCUCAGUCCAAUGUCGAGCAUCAAUGACGUGAAGUCUCAUCAAAGUUGGUCACCGUUUUGAUAUGGGCUUUAUAACUCCCAAAAUUCAGACAGAGAAUGAACAUAAUCCAUGCCUUUUUGUCCUAAUGUAUCAAAACAAUAACUGUUAAGAACAGAAAUAAAAGUGAUAAGGGCAAACAGCAUCUUCCAUUUCAGCCGCAAUUUAACAACAAAAAAAGAAAACACAUAUCAAUUCAAUUUUCUAAAAUUCUCUUUUUUCUCUUCCCCUUUACAUAUUAUGUAUUGCAGUAUUUUUAUUGUUCUAUCAAGAAUGUUUCCAGUAGUAGGCCACCCUUCUCAAAUCCUCACAUAGAAAGACAUGUUACUGGUAGUAUUUUAACCGAAUAUCUAUCUGAUCCUUCUGUAAUAUUUCUAAACAUAGUUAUUUUCUGACUUAAAACACUAAAGAGUUCAAUGUCCCUUCUUAUCAAUAUGUGUUAUGUGAAAUGAUGUGAUAUGACUCCUUAUUUGGCUUUUAUGGUAAAAGACUUCCAUCAGGUCUGUACAUCAGUGGAUUUAUGUCGCGUUAACUGUAGAAGUUAACUGUAUUAUUCACAAGUUGCAUACUUUAAUACUGAAUAAACAUAUAUUUGUUUUAA